AGUUUGGUGUAGGUAUUCCCGCUAGAUGGGUGUAUCUGUUGUGUCUGUGGUGAUUAGGUGAAAACAUGAUGGAGUAUGUAGGAUAUGAAAAAUAUGGUGGAAAAAUUUAUACCCUGAUAGUAAGUUAUGUGUGACUUGUUCAGAGGUUUUUUUUAUCAUGUACACUGUACCGGAAUCCGUUGUAAAAUUUGAAAUAUUGAAACAAAAAUUGAGCGAUUUUUUUCAAAUUUAGAUCUUAUAAUUAAAAAAAAAAAACCACCAAAUUCUCUAGAUUUUCUAAUUGCAUGCAUUUGGAAAGAACAACUUCGAACGAAUUACUUCAACUUUAAUUGCAAACGUGAUUGCUGUAUUUUCCAAACUCUUUGUUCAAGUAUCGUCUUAACUUCUGAAAAUGUAUUGAUUCUUCUUUGAACCCUUUGGAGAAAAUCAUACUGUCAUGUAAAAAUGACGCUUGACUGAAUGUUACAAAGAUGAAGCGUCAAUUGCGUAUUGUCAAUCACGUAUAUUGAAAUUUUGAAACGUGUGCCAGAGUUCUCAGAAAUGCGAUGCCAUUAGCUGUAAGAUAAAUGUUGUGUUAGUAUUACCACAGAUCAAACGAUAUUUCCCAAAAAGAGAUAUGUUUCGCCAUCCAAUAAACUGAUUAAAUUGAUGAUCACUGGAUAUGGGGAAAAUAAUAAACUUUACUUGAUGGAAUUGCUCAACCAACAAUUACAAGCUAAAGAAAUUUCAAAUGAUCCACCCUAUUAUGGAAUUUCAAAUGAUGGUCGAGUGCAUGGCAUUCUUUAAUGGUUUGCUUUGUAUAUAGUUUGUUGAUUUUGUGACACGGGGCUAAGGUUAAUCCAACCCACUUAACUCUCAGGUUAAAGAAUGCGUCGCAGACGAACAACGCGUUCAGUUAUUAAAAGUAUUACGGGCAACUUUCGUUUUUCACAGGUGGCAACCGCUAGUAGCAAAUGGUGACCAAAAUAGAAGGGGCACAGGAGUUCCGCCUUCUUUUAUUUCUAAAUUUUCAGACUGUCUUGGAGAUUUAGCGACAAGGUGAAUUCAAACACCGAGCAUCCUGAUCAUGCCUGGUUUUCAAAUUGUUCACCAAUAUAUCAAUUCUUAAAAAUUUAUGAAAACCGAUGUCAUGGUCAUGUGCCAUAUUUUUAUGUCUCAGUACGAUGUCAAUUGUUAAUCUAAGACUCAUUUCUUGGAAGAAAUUCAAAAUGAAAGAAGAGAAAAAUGCAACGGACCAUACCGGGCUGUUCUACCAGCUGAGCUCUGUUUACCGGCGAUCGUACCGUUCUUCCCAAGUUUAGACAUUUAAUCAUUAACCUUGAAUCUCCGAUUAAUCAGAUCCUUUACCAGCUGAGCUAUCUCAGUUUAUCUGAUUAUCAGCAGUUGUACCGGUUCGACCGCUUCAAAUCUUAUUUAAUAAUUAACCAUGCAUCUCCGAUCAGCCAGGUGCUCUACAAGAAGAGCUAUUUGAUUAUCGGCAAUUACAUGUAUAUCGGUUCGACCGCUAUAUUCCUUUAUUUUGUAGCAUGUUCACCCCUAUAAUAAGCAGGACCCUACUGGUAGAUAUUUUAACCUUUAAGUUCCGGAUGCAACUGGUCACGGCACCAAAAUAACGGGAAUGGGGGGGGGGGGGAGCAAAAAUAACUGAGCUAUCUCAGUUGUCAUUAGCGAUCGAAGCAAUAUGACUAAUAUCUGAUACAGAAGCUAUUUAAAAUAAGGCAUGUUUAAUACCUUUAAUUUUCAAUGAAAAUAAAUCAGGGAACAAAAAAUACUUUCUAUCGUUGGUAUCCUUAUAUUACUAAAAUGACAUUUUAGUUGUAGAGUUGAUGAUAGGAAGGCACACCAUUUUGCUUUCUUUCUCUUUUAUUAUUUUUAUUUAUUUAUUUAUUCAUUUUUACCGGAAUUGAUAUUUCGUUUUAAUCAAAGCUUUGCAAAUACAAUGGAUUAUAUGGCGAUGAAUCUGUAUAACUAUCAUUUUAUUUGCAAUAUACAAUAUUGAACUCAGUCACCCAGAAGCUUUUGUACAACCUAGCGACCAGAAAAGCUAAUAAAUUUAUUAUCAAUAAGAGAGGGGAUCACCUAUACAAAGGCGUAUAUUAAGAGGGUAUUUAUAUAGAUACCCACAAAAGAAGAAUAGUUAGCUCCGACCAUCGGCAUUUAAUAAGAAGGAUAAAGUCAGUCUUGAACCAACAGCCCAUUCCAAAGACCCACAACUAUGGAGGCCCAACAAUGGGAUCGCAACGAUGCUGUAUUGUGCGAGGGUAUUUAAUAGUCUGAAUGUAUAUGAUAAUAAGACACGGUAAAAUAAACACAAAAAGGUCCCAAAAUAAAGUGAUUCAUUCACUCCCCUCAGAACACCAGCAGAGAAUUGUACAAAAUUUUAAACACAAAUCUCCUGCGACCCUUGUGGAAGAAGGAAUUAUCAAAGCAGAUGGUUAUGUUUUGAUUUUGGUUACCUUGAUAUCGAUUGCUAAUUUGACCAAGGAAAUCCGAUAAUGGACAGGGUAUUGAUUAAAUUGACAUGUUCUAAAGGAUAUUUCUCCCAGUUUCGACCUCCUUAGAAGGGAAAAUGGUAGAAGGCCGCUGAAUGUUACAAUUGUUUCCUUGUUUCUAGAGAAUUAUCUCCAGGCCGAAGUUUUCCCUCACCUCCUGGCACCGGACGUCUUGUUGUUAUAUAUACUUGGGACAUGUGGGGAUUUCUUUUUAUCACUGGAGUGUUUGCUCGGAAGGAUUAUUUCUUGUUGAACUCAGAUGUUCAAAUAGACGACCAAUGUUGUUAUUCGUACGAGUUAUGAGUUUGCUCCAAAACACUCCCAUACAGUUCCGUCGUUGAAACGUGUGAGUUGUUAUUCCUGAAACGGAAGUGAUAAUUGCACUCGAUAGAGUGUUGUGGAACAGUUUCUUUGAUACCCGUAGUUCUGUAAUAUUGUUUUCGUAAAUAUGGCAACUUUACCAAGGACUUCUGGACAAGUGGGGGCUCUAGCGUUACAAAGCGGUGCUUUACCAAACAGUAUCAAAAGGAAAAAGGCGAAACCCUCUAAACCAAAAGCUGAUAAAAUCGAGGAGGACAAUCAAACCAAAGCUGUCGCCAUGACAAUGACGACGAUGCGGGCUGGACUCCAGAGGGCUUAUCUGGAUGGUCUAGAAUUCAUACGCAACAAAAUCACGGACACCGAGAGUGAAGUCGACAAAACGAGACUCUCUUUCUAUGGUUGCAAUGAAGCUGACGAGGACAGCUAUCUACAGUACUUAAAAGACUGUAAUGACCAUUUUCUGACAGCAAACAAUGAACUUCGGAGAAAGAAUAUAAAAUUGGAAGUUAUUGACAGUGAAAUGAGGGUUGUGUCCUUACUAAACCAGCUACGCGAAGCUACAGAAUUCGACAAAGGUGAAAUUGCAUUUAUCACCGGAUUUUGGGAAAAUAUAAAACACACUGUUGAGUCAUUUCAUUCUCUGGUAGAUAGAUUUCAGACAAAUGUUCUUAACCGACUGAAUCAAAAUUGUACGAGUUACAACAGUGCGGACAUAAGUUUGGAAGUUUCUAAUAGGUACACGGAGGAAAUUUCGGGCUACAUUUCCGAACUAGAGAGGGAGCUGACGAAUAUGCGUUUGCUGAUGAAGACCUAUGAUAGUGGACUCCAUCAGGAUUUAUUCUCACAAAAUUCGAAGUUUGCGGAGAGAAUUCUUGUCACGUGUGAUGUGAAGGCGUUUCCAAUACUUCGACUCGCUCCGGAUUUAGCGGAAAAAAUGGCGAAGGUUUGCACUAUAGCCCGGAAGUGGCUCGACAGGGAUGAACAGUACAUGUACGAGGUGAACAAUUACAUCAAAGAAACGAGAAACAUUGCCAAAAAGCGAGAGGAGGAUUUGAAAAACCAAAAAGAGAAACAAAAGAAAAUAGAAAAGGCUGUUAAAACUGCGAGUAUCCUCUUGCAAAACAACAAGGAGAAACUUCAAAAUAUCGAAUCCGAACUGAAUUCAUUAGAAGGACAAUUAAAUGGGUUUAAGCAGGAGAAAAAAUGUAAAUCUGUGGAAAAGGUUCAGAAAUCCAGUAUGGCGGACUUUCUAUCCAUCACUAUGACUCAAACGCGCAAAAAUUACAACCUCCAAAUGAAAAGACAACGUUUGGUAAAGCAGGUUCGCGAGUUAGAGGAAUUUCUUAUUGGAUUAGAGAAAGAGCUUUCAAAUGUGGAAGAUGAGUUAAUGGUGAAAUCUCAGCAACGCCUUCUUAUAAAUGAAAAGGUAGAAACCAGUGUCAAAACGUAUGAUACGCUCAAAACGGAUUUUGAAAAAUAUUCAGAUAAUCUGGAAAAAUUGGAACAAGAGGUGAAUAUUCUUUCAGGACAGUUACUACAACUAGAAAUUAUUCAAACAUAUAAAACAAGCCCUGAAAAUGUUGAACAGAUAUUUGAUCGCCCUCAAACUGUUAAACUUGCACCUUCACUGAAGGAAAAGAUUAAACGGAAACGGAAAGGACUUCCGACGACUGAGAGUUGACACAUGAGCCCAGGCUUCACUUGUUAUUUACUUCUGCUUGCUGGAAACUGCGUGUAGAUACUGUCAUGGUUUUUUUUAACAUAGUCAUACUGCAUUUAUUAAAGAAAACACCUCGCCUAUCAUAUGUCAAAAUGGCAAAACGUUAAACAGUCAAAUUGUUAUUGUUGAUAUAUAACGUUGUUAGUAAAUAAAAAUUUAUACGUGAUCAUUCACAGAUUUGAUACUUUCAAAAUAACUAGAAUAUCACGUUUUACGCGUCUCAAGGUCAGCAUACCUCAUAUGUAACAUCAGAUAUGCCAAAAUACGCAAUAAAAUGUUAUAGAAA